GGGUGUACUAAUAUGGCGGCAACAGAGACGCCGGGGGCAGCCCAGAAACGUGUCCUACGGGUGUUGGCUCUGCAUGGGUACCGGCAAAACGAACGGAGCUUUAGGGAGAGAACAGGAGCGCUGCGCAAAAGGCUGCGGGGCCGGGCAGAUCUCAUAACUUUUAGCGCCCCCUUAUUGGUACCCGAUCCUGAUGCUGAGCCCGGUGCUGGAGUCCCAGACUCUUUACAGGAUGAAUCCAGAGGCUGGUGGUUCUCCAAUCCAGAACAAAAUAGCUUUGAUGCCAUGGAAGAAAGCAACACUUGCUCCGGGCUAGAGGCGUCUCUGGAUACUGUGGCUAAGGCAUUUUCUGAACUUGGGCCCUUUGAUGGCAUUUUGGGAUUCAGCCAAGGAGCCGCACUGGUAGCCAUCAUUUGCGCUUUAAAGCAACAAGGAGAUCCCCGAUUCCAUUUUGACUUUGCUAUUUUGGUGGCGGGCUUUAAAAGCCUAUCAACUGACCACACAAAGCAUUAUCAGCAGCCAAUCACGGUUCCCUCAUUGCAUGUCAUUGGUGAGACCGACCGUGUCAUAUCUGCUGCCAUGAGCCAGGAACUGGUUUCCCAUUUUGAGAAUCCUGUUAUAUUGAUGCAUUCUGGAGGCCAUUAUGUUCCAGCUUGUGCCCCACAAAAAAAAGUGUAUUGGGAGUUUUUGGACAAGUUCCUUACUUAGUAUGUUAUCAUAUGACUGGCUCAUUCACUUUCUAAUAAAAAAUAAUAGGGAAACCA